AUGCUUGGCAAUGGCAAAGGGUUGGCAGUUGUUGUUGGACUGAUAUUCGUUCGUCUCAGUCUGCUAUCGUUACAUUGGAGAGAGCCUGUAGAACUCAGGGUUACAAACGAUACCAAAUUAUACGCAAAUUUUUCAAAAACGUUUCUAUUGCAGGCCCCUAAAAGGCGAUCGUUCGUACGCAAUAUCUUGUUCAAACUUGGGAACAGAACAGCAUUGCGUGGGCUUUUGUACAACACUUUGGUUCCAGAAGCUCUCUGCCCACUAAAGGUUAGACUUGGGAAUAUUCACGACGGUGGGAAAUGGAUCUGUAAUCCUUGGAAAAUUCCAAAGCAAAACUGCAGUGUGUACUCCCUAGGAAUUAACAACGAGAUUAGUUUCGAUGUUGCUCUUCAAACAUUUCAUCAGAGGCAGCCAGUUCUUCGUAAGUUGCUUAAAAAUAAUGCAGAUUUCAAGAAGGCUGUGAUUGGAGUCAGAGAGGAUCGAAGAUACGACCAAUACAAUUUACUAACUUUGGCGAAAAGAAACGGCGAUAAGAAAAUUGAAAUUUUAAAAAUGGACAUUGAAGGUGCUGAACACUACGUUCUACCCUAUAUAUUGAAAGGUAUUGCAGUAUGCCAAAUUUUGGUCGAAAUUCACGCCGACGUUAUUGGAGUCGCCGGACUUCUCAGGGUGUUGGGAAAGGCAAAUUUCUAUCUAUUUUCGUACGAAGUGAACGGAUACUUUUUUGAAUUUGCAGAAUACAGUUUUAUACAUCGUGAUUGUUUACAGCAAUAUGAUGCCGUUUAUUUAGCAAAAUAUCUUUAA